UGGCUCGAACCGCACGCUGCAGCCGUCGCGGUUGUGUGUCGCGUCAGCGUGUGUGUCAAGGAGUUUCUUACCUGCUCGGUUAUUUGGAAAAUGGCGAGCUGGUGUGUCCGAGCAGUGAGACAGAGCUACUCUUUAGUGGCCUCGCCUGCGCUGAUACGAGCGUCUCCACGACUGUUAUGUACGGCCACCCAGCAGAAGAGUGGCCCCGGGUCAGAGGAGGAGGCUGAGAAGCCGGAGCAGAGUGCAGCGGAGAAGGUCCUGGCGGAGGAGAAGUCCCAGCUGGAGGAGAAGCUCAAGGACAUGACGGAAAAGUACAAGCGGGCUUUAGCUGACACAGAGAACCUCAGGACGCGGAGUCAGAAGAUGAUAGAGGAUGCUAAAUUAUACGGGAUCCAGGGCUUCUGUAAGGACAUGCUGGAAGUGGCCGACAUCUUGGAGAAGGCCACAGAGAGUGUGCCCAAGGAGGAGGUGUCGAGCCAGAACCCUCACCUGAAGAACCUGUACGACGGUCUGGUGAUGACCAUGGUCCAGUUCCAGAAGGUGUUCACCAAGCACGGCUUGGUCAAGCUCAACCCCGACGGCGCAAAGUUCGACCCCUACGAGCAUGAGGCCCUCUUCCACGCCCCCGUGGACGGCAAGGAGCCGGGUACCGUCGCCAUAGUGACCAAAGUGGGCUACAAGCUUCACGGACGCACCCUCAGGCCAGCACUAGUGGGCGUGGCCAAAGCCCCUUAGGAAUGAGGCUGAAACUGUGACAAAGUGGGAUUUGUUUUGUUGCCUGGGCGAUGGAUGACCUCGGGUUCAAGUUGACUAGUCCAGGCACCUUGCCACCCCUUUCCCCACAGGCCUGUCCUCUCACUAUCCCUCCACCCUAAGGUGCCACAAAGAGACAGGAAUCCCGCUCAACUGAACUUUGUAUCUUGACAAUAUUCAUCUGUUUUUAACAGAUACAUCACACUUUGUCUGGCAUGGGACAGUUUACAGUAAAAUUUGUUUCAGGCAGUUUAAAAUAAUGCACCAGGUAGAUGUUUUCACAUCUUUUCCCACCACCAUAAAUCUUAACUGGAAGAGAAACAGAGUUAAAAAAAAAAAAUUAAUAAAAAAAGUUAACCAAAUGAUUAUCAGUCAUCAUUUGUUUAUUUGACAGAUGGUGUAAAAUCCCUCCACAGAGCGAGUGCGGAUUGUAAACUGCCAGUACCAUUCCGGACUUUUGAUUAAAGCCCUAAUAACGUUUAACACGACUCUUCAGUUGUCUUUCCUUGUUAAAGCUUUGAAUACAUUGUGAAAAAGUGAGAAGCAGAACUCGAGGAUGCGAAGAAAAGUUGAGAUUUGACUUUGUACUGAGGUGUGGGCUUCCCUGAGCCUUCACAGUGAAGACCUCUCUCUCUCUCCAAUUCAUUUGGCCUCAGUCACAGUGAAGUCCCUGUGCCACAGUUUGGCUGGGUCAUGUUGUUAAGUGUGUUACAGCUAUACUUAUAACAGCAUCAGAAUAAACUGAUCGACUUUGAAA